AUUCAACCCAUCCGUCUCAUCAACUAACACCACACCUACACCUCAUACUUACAUCACAAUGGCCAAGGAACGCAAGGAAAAAAAAGAAAAGAAGGCUGAGAAGGCUGAGAAGGCUGAGAAGAAGUCUGUUGAUGCUGGAAAUGAGUCUGACAUGGAGGUCGAUGCAGCUCCUCGUGUUGUUGAUGUUUCGCCCAUUGCUGCUCCUUUGGCCGCUGAUAAGCUUACAAAGAAGCUUUUGAAGACUGUCAAGAAAGCUGCCAAAGCCAAGCAUGUGAAGCGUGGUGUUAAAGAGGUUGUUAAGGGUCUCCGUAAGGGCGAGAAGGGCCUUGUACUGAUUGCCGGCGAUAUCUCUCCAAUUGAUGUCAUCACUCACGUUCCCGUCCUUUGUGAGGAAAACGAUGUUCCUUACGUUUUCUUGCCCUCGAAAGAAGAUCUUGGCGCUGCAGGAUCAACCAAGCGUCCCACGUCCUGUGUGAUGGUUGUUUUGGGUGGUAAGAAGAAGGAUAUGGAUAGCGCUAAGGACUACAAGGAGCUCUAUGAUGAGUGCUUCGCCAAGGUCAAAGAGAUGGAUGAGGCUAUCGUCUAUUAAAUACAUUGCUGCUCUUUGUUAAUUAUACUCAAUUUCAUAUGUAUUAUUGUCUGUUUUCCUCUUUAUCAACACGCUCUAUCAUUAAAGCAUUACUCGACUC